AUGCAAUUUCUCCUUAUUACCGUAUCCAUAUUAUUUUCCGCAUUUUUCGGAAUCUCUAUCCAACUUUGCUCGUCUGAUUCAACAUGUGGUUAGUUUUUUUAAAAAGUAGUUCUGCAUUUUUAAAAUCUAUGAAAAUUCAAAAUUCCAGCAUCGAACAGUCAAUGUGUAAGAAGUUUUUAGAUAAGUUUUUUUUCCAAAAAUAACAUUUUUUAAAGAAUGUUAGUCGAGGUUGUCCAGAUGGUUGGCAGGGAUUUCAGAGAUUGUAUGGAAGAUGGUGUAUGAAAACAUUUUCUGGAAGUGGAACACGAUCUUGGGCUCUUGGAAAAUGCAGAAAUUUGAAUGCUACAUUGUCAGGAAUACAAAAUGUGAAUGAACAAAAUUUCGUUGGAAGUGGGUUCUACUUUUUAGCACUGAAGAAGGAAGUAGAAUCAAGCCCCCACCCCAUAACAAAAAAAAAUAUUUUGUAGACCAAUUCUCGAAUGUAUCUGGAAUUAUCUCCGGCGGUGUCUGGGUUGGUGCUCGCCGUCGUCCACAAUGUUUCAAUGCACUCAACGUGACCCUAUGCACUCCUCAAACAACUUAUGCUUAUUAUUGGACUGAUGGAUCAACUCAUGGGAUUGAUGGUUUCACUUGGCAUCCAUAUCAACCUUUAUAUGAGGAUUGUGUUGCGAUGUAUGCGACUAAUCGAACACAGGUGAAUUAUUCGCCUGAUGAGUUUUAUAAUGGGCAAUUGACUGAUCUUAUGUAAGAGAGAAGGCAUAUAGGCUAUAAGUUUUACAUUGUUUUCAGAUGCAAUCAACCACUUAUGAUUGAUAACACCUUUUUCGAUGUGAAUGGAUAUGUUUGUGGAAAACUUCCAAGUAUUUAUUGA